AUCGACAGUUUCUUCACCUCUGCAUUUCAGCUAGCGCGUUUAUUGUUUAUGUUUACCAAUUACUAAUUACCAUUUAAUAAUUGCUACAAAUUUCGCGCUCCGUAUCCAAAAAUGACAGAUGAAAAAGCUGUAAAGAAUUCAAAAAAGGCUGACGAGAUGCAAACUACGCCCACAACGUCGAAAACGAAAUCACAGGACAAAAAAGCAAUGCCGGCUGCGGCUGCGCAACUGUCGCCGGAGGCUGAAAUGGAUGAAGAGCAGACAGGACAGCCAGCGGCCUACAGCAUGCGACCAGCAUUUGGCGAAUCAUUUCCACUGCCAAUAGUUAAAAGCAUCAUCAACACAGCCAUGUCCGAGAAGCUCAAAGACAAACAAUACGACAAGGAUGUGGCCAAGACAUGGACGAGAGAAAUUGCCGACGAAGUGAAUCAACAGAUUGCCGCCAAUCCCAAGGUGAAGCGUUACAAGCAUGUGGUACAAGUGAUGCUGGGACAGGAGCUGGGCGCUGGUGCAACGUAUUUAUCCCGCUGCUGUUGGGAUUGCGACUGCGACACUUCGAUCACGGAGGUGUUUAGCAAUACAAGCUUGUUCUGUGUCUGCACAGUGUAUGGCACAUAUCAGUACUGAGAGGGGAUUAUGUACAGAUGAAGCUAUAAA